AUGAUUUCUGGAUAUACCUUCAACGAUAGGGAUAUCAGACUGGGUAGUGCUUCCAGCUACAGCACUUACGUAUUCUUUUCAUUCGGCUUAGCUGUGCUAUGGAUUGCGUCCACCGUCUGUUACCGAUUAUUCCUAAGUCCUCUAGCUCGGUUUCCAGGGCCACGGUUAGCAGCUGCCUCACGUCUAUAUGAACUAUACUUCCAGCUUCUGAAAGGAGGCAUAUUCACAUGGCACAUUGACAAGCUUCAUGCAAAAUAUGGACCCAUCGUUCGAGUGUCUCCAUGGGAGCUUCAUAUUAAGGACCCAGAUUAUUAUAACACGGUUUACGCCGGACCCGGUAAACAUCGCAAUAAAGAUCCCUGGUUUAGCUUUAUCGCAUAUCCCGAGUCUAUAUUUUCUACUGCCGGACAUGAGCUCCAUCGGCCCCGUCGAAAGAUUCUCAGCCAUUUUUUCAAGAAGAACGUUGUUACCGAACUAGAAUCAAUGAUUCAUGAGAGUCUAAGAUUACUGUGUCGACAUUUUUCUACCGCAGCAGAGACAAAUCAACCCUUGGAGUUGCAUGCCGCUUUCUAUAGCUUUACGUGCGACAAUCUUUCUCAAUAUGCCUUCGGUCGCGAAAAUGGGUUUCAUUACCUUGAGGAGAACCAGAUCACAGAUACCUGGAAAACCAGAAUGACAUCGCUAUUUGAGUUUUGUCGAAUUAACAGACAUAUUCCGCCUUUGUCUUACAUGGCACGUCUGGCUCCUAGUAUAGUUUCUUGGUUCGUUCCACGAUUCAGAUAUGUUGACCAAAUGGAGCACGACGUGAAACAGAAAGUCAAGACAGUGCUGAAUCAACACUUGAAUGACAAGAGAACUCCACAAUCACCGGGAGCCAUAUAUCCGUCAAUAUUAGCUGACCCUGACGUACCUCCGAGCGAGAAAAGAUUAAGACGUCUAGAAGAUGAUGCGAUAUUCCUUUUGAUGGCAGGGACAGAUGCUCCAUCCCAAGCACUCGCGAUUACCAUGUUCUACAUACUCGACAAUCAUAAAGUAUAUCAAACUCUCAGAUCAGAGCUUUCUUCUGAACUAAAGAAUAUUGCAAUUACUCCAACACUGAAGCAACUAGAGCAAGUUCAGUAUCUAAGUGCUGUAGUGCGGGAAGGUCUCCGAUUAUCUGCAAUAGUAACAACUCGACUUCCUCGAUCGGCUCCAGAUGAGACACUUCAAUACCAACAGUGGCAAAUUCCAGCUGGAACCUUCGUGAGCAUGUCGACAUAUUUCAUACUCAAGGACCCCAAGAUUUUCCCUAACCCUGAAGCUUUCAUGCCGGAGCGAUGGUUGCUCCCCACAGAUCAGCUCCGAGAGCUCGAGAAACACCUUGUUCCCGCAUCAAAGGGAACACUGGGAUGCCUAGGACAAAAUCUCGCAUGGGCAUGGAUGCACUUGGUUCUAGGAACUUUGCUGCGUCGAUUUGAUAUGGCCUUACAUGAAACGACUAGAAAGAAUGUUGAAAUGACGCGUGAUAAUUUUAUUGGACAGACGGAUGUCAACAUGAAUAACGUGAAUGUGAAGGUGCUGGAGGAGUAUUCUGACUGA